GACUGUAUGUCACCGGACCGCCCGGUACAGGUAAAACUGUGGUGCUGCUGCUGAUGGCCAUACAGUGGCUGCGGUGUGGUCACCACGUCUACGUUGUCUGUACUUGCUGGGAGAGUAGUAUAGCGUCCAUGAUGCUGUAUCACCUGUUGCUGCAGACAGUAAAGACACAACAGUCAGCAGGUGUAUCACCCGGUCAGCCUCACCUCCUGCUGUAUGAUCUUUAUAAAAGUGAAGAAGUGGAGAAGGCCGUCAACGACUUGUCACAGGCAGCAAGAGGAGGGUCGUUGUACAUCAUCGCUGAUGAAGCGAGCGGGUCAGAAUACUUCCACACUGUGUGUUACAAGCUGCUGACACAAGUUCCUGAUCUCCAUCUUUGGGCGGCAAGUUGUUUCCAUGGAGACGCACCCGCCGGCUUUCAAGUGGAAUAUUUAACCAGACCCCUCCGCUCUCCACCGGCCGUCGUCAGGGAAGUCAAGAAGGACGAGAUUAUCACUGAACACCGUGAUGUCCUGCCGUACAGUGAGCGAGGUGUGCCCGACCACACAGACGGCCCGCCAGUCAAGAUACUGUCUCACCGAGGUAAAGGUCACUCAGGUGUCUGGCCAGGUGACUGUGUGACGUGCGGUCGUGACGUGGCCAGCUUCCUACACAGUCUCCGUGUUGGUGUUACAGAGAAUGUCACGACAACAGCCACGACCGUCACCUCCACCAACGGCGGCACAACUCCGCCCUGCCUGCAGUGGAGAGACGUGCUGGUGUUGUACUUGAAAGACAUUAGUGACGACUCGGGUAUGAUGAAGGAACUGAAAGAAGCGGGUAUCCCAGUGCGGAUGAUGAAGGACGAUAACAUCGAGGACGUUGCCACGGCCCGCUGUGACGUGGUGUGGGUGACGAGUGGACAGCGUGUUUGUGGUCUGGAGAGAAAAGUUGUCGUCUGUCUGGAGGAUCAAGUUUUAUCCCGGUUCUGCUGCAUGUCCCGGUGUACGUCACAACUUCUGAUUAUCUACUGUUAGAACAAACC